UGCGGCUCAGUCCUGUUCUCCUCCUGUAGAAACCAAGAUGCCACCUGCACAUCCAUCAUAUUUGCUGCUUUCUGCCUUAAUUUUUCGUCUCGGUGCUGCGGCAGAAGUGUCCGUAUGGAGCGUGGACAUCAACCCGGUACAAAAUGCUGUGUUUCGGAAGACGCUGUAUGCCAACACCACCAUCUCCAUGAAGUUUCAGGGCGAUACAGCGUCAUGUGACAGAAACUUGGUAUUCAACAUCAGCUGGUACCUGCGUUCCUCUGUUUGCUACAAUGAGGUCUUCAACACACCAGACAACAAAGCGACAAACAUGUUUGGUUUGGACCACAUGGUUAAAGAUGGCUGGAGUGGUUUCUACAGUCAGGGCUACAUGUACUUUGAAAACUGCUCCUCCCUCUUCUUACCAAAGGUGUAUUAUCCUGAAUUCAACCCAUACCAGCCCCUCACUAGCCCAAAGAGUGACGCAUCAAAUCAGAGCUUUAUUUGGCCUGAUAAACCGGACAUCAGUGCAGUGGCCAAAGCCUGGAAGGACAGUCCAUAUCUUUUCAUUGUAAAAGUGCAGCCGUUGUUUCGUGGCAUUGAAGAUGAAGAAAUUGGCCCUGAGCAGGUCAACUUUGCUUUCACAAUGAAAGUUGAGAUGAAGGGUCCACAUGACUACUCCUCUCCAGCAGACUGGCCUCUCAUGAUGUUCUUCAUGGUUAUGUGCAUCAUAUACGUGCUGUUCGGGGCGCUGUGGCUCUUCUGGUGCGCCUGUUAUUGGCGGGAUCUGCUGCGGAUUCAGUUCUGGAUUGGUGCCGUCAUCAUCCUCGGCAUGUUAGAGAAAGCCGUCUUUUAUUCAGAAUACCAGAACAUCCGGUACAAAGGAGACUAUGUUCAAGGUGCAGUGAUAUUUGCAGAACUGCUCUCUGCUCUUAAAAGAUCUUUAGCUCGGAUCCUGGUCCUCAUUGUCAGUCUUGGCUAUGGUAUAGUCAAGCCCAGCUUGGGUACCACAGUGCACCGGCUUGCAGCUGUUGGCCUUCUUUACCUUCUCUUCUCCUCUGUGGAGGGUGUGAUGAGAGUGACGGGUGGUUUCUAUGGUACUGUUGCCCUGGUUGCUAACCUCAGCCUCUCCCUCAUUGACUCCUGCGUAAUGUGGUGGAUUUUCAUCAGUCUGUCUCAAACCAUUCGUCUGCUGAAGCUCCGCAGAAACAUUGUGAAGCUGUCUUUGUAUCAGCACUUCACCAACACGCUCAUCUUCUCUGUUUUGGCUUCAAUUAUAUUCAUCAUCUGGACCACCAAAGUCUUCAAGAUGGUGGACUGCCAAACGGGUUGGAGGGACUUGUGGGUGGACGAUGCCUUCUGGCGUCUCCUGUUCUCCACCAUUCUGCUGGUCAUCAUGGUGUUGCUGCGGCCCUCUGUGAACAACCAGAGGUUCUCUCAUUCCCCUCUGAUUGAUGAAGACGAUGAAGAGGAGGAGACCAAGGAGCCCAUGCUGAAUGAAGCUUAUGCGGGAAUGAAGAUGAGAGGUUCAAAGCCUGAAACUAACGGCUCCCAGAAGCUACUGAGUAAAGAGGAUGAAGACUUAAAGUGGGUCGAGGAGAAUAUUCCUACAACUGUUGCUGACGUAGCGCUCCCUGUCAUGCUAGAUGAGGAAGAGGAAAUACUGAAAAACAAGAUGGAGAGAUCCAAAAUGGAGUAGACCUAAGAGGUUUGACGUGAGAAUGAAAAGAGAGCCAAUUCAAGGUAGCAAUGAUUGCUCUUUGAGUGAUCUGAUUACCAAAAAAAAGUUCUCUCCAAACGCUUCAUUUUUUACUGAACAUUGUGUAAUAAUACUUAAAUAAGCUAAAAGAAGCAUGAAUAGUGUGUUUUAUUAAGGUGAUUUGGAUGGAUGGGUUGGCUGCUCUUGAUGUUUUCUAGAUCAGCACUCUUUAACUAAAGUGAAACACAUUACACAACAGAACACUAAUUAGUAUUUAAUUUAUUUCCUUCAAGAAUGGGUUUGGCCAAGUCACAAAAUAAGCAAACUAAUGGAUAUUUUACACAAUGCAUUGUA